ACAAAGUUAAAACUUACUGACUAAGAAACUCGCCGGCCCAUCAAAAUCUCUCCCAAACUCCAAGUCCUCCUCCAGUCCUCCUCUCUCUCUCUCUCUCUCUCUCUCUCUCGACAUCUAGAUCAUUCUCGAAACCCCCACUUUUUACUCUUUAUAAUUAGAUUAUUAUCAAACCCAGAACUGCCAUGGACGGCGACGAUCGGGCGGCGGCGGCCCCGGCACCGGCGAGGCUGAAGAUCGCCGGGGCGUGGACGGGGGUCCUGGACGUCCGACUCGACUCGUGGACGCUCCCGAUGCUCCGCGCGGAGGUCGCGCGGCGGUCGGGCGGCGCCGACCCCGCCUGCGUCAACCUCAUCUGCGGCGGCAAGGUCUUGCGGGACGGCGGCGGCGGCGGCGACGCGAGUCUCCUCCAGCUGGGCGUGAAGAACAACGCCAAGGUGCUCGCCACCUGCGUGUCGGCCGACCGCGGGAAGGCCCUCAACGCCGAGGCCGCGGCCGAGAGCGCCAGGGCCGCCGCCGAGGCCGAGCAAUCCAAGAAGCUCAACAGAAUCUGGGAGGCUGCCAAGGCACUGGCUCAGAGGCACUCAGAUGGUUCACUUCCACUGGAAGACUAUAAUAUAGAGCUUGAAGAUCAGAGUGGUCAGAAAGUGAUGUUUGUAUCUGAGUCCGAUAAACGGGCAGUGAUGAUGGGUCUGAUGCUCCAUGCAAAUGCUAAAAGCCUUAUCAAUAAGCAAAAGUACGAGGAUGCGUUAGAUGUGUUAGCUAUGGCAGAGGAGGCUUUCUCUCUUUGUGAUGCUAGGUUUAUUGAGAUGAUUGACAAUGUGCCAAUUCUUCAACUUGAUACAGUUUGGUGUUACUUCAUGCUCCGCGAUGUUUCAUGUUUGUCAGUUGCAGGAGAUCGCCUGGCGAAGGCUAGGAAAGGGUUUGAACGGUCUCAUGGUAAAGAUUCCAAGCGGUUUAGAGUCCUUCAAGACGGUCGCCAUGCAGAACUUGCCAUAUAUGUGAGACUGGAACUCUUGGAAGGGGUGGUAGCUUAUCACAGUGGCGAUUUUGAAGCAGCUCGUAGAUCUCUGACUUCUGCACAAACCAAAUAUAUGCAGCUUCAAGUGCCUGAUGAAGCUUUAUCAUUAUUAAUGGGCAUGGGCUAUAGAGAGAGGGCAGCCAAAAGAGCAUUAAGAAUGACCGGUCAGGAUGUUCAGUCAGCAGUUGACUUCCUGGUCGAGGAACGAGCAAAGAAAGCUCGAAGACGAGAGGAGGAUGUUCAGCGGCAUGAUGAUAUCAUGGAGCAAAAGAGAUAUGGCAAGACUCCCAAUAACAAGGCUGUCGAUCUCCAAAGACUGAAAGAGUUGGUUUCAAUAGGGUUUGAGAAAUACCUUGCUGCAGAGGCUCUUCGUAUAAAUGAAAACGAUGCACAAAAAGCAUUAGAUCUUUUGACAGAUCCUGAGCAAAACUGUGCCCUACAAAGCAGGAUGGAGUUGAGGAAGCAAAAAGCCACAAAACGGACAGAUCAAGAUGUCGUUCAAAGAGCUUCAGGGGUUGAUGACCAUUAUGCCGGUGGUAGUAAUCCGCCAGAAGAGAGUCAAGAAGGGUCAUCAGCUGCUGCUGCUACCACUGCCGAUAACCAGGAAGAUGAUAAUAUGAAUGAACAGGGGGAAGAAGACCGUGAGGAAGACGAAGAAGGAGAUGAAGAAGAACAAGAACAAGCAAAGAAGUCUAAGAGUGGGAGAGACGUGGAAAUGGAGGAUGAGCUUGCAGACAAACUGACAGGCGAUCCUUUUGCUGACUACGACAUUGAAGUCGCGCGAGAAGGGGAGGCCAUUGCAGAGUACAUGAGCCUUCUGGAGUCUACUUCAAGUGCUUCAUAGCUGUCUGCUACAAAUAUGAGGAAAUCAAGUGUUCUUCUUUUCUUAUUCGUUUUUUUUUCUUCUCUUUUUAACUUUCUAGGUUCCGAUCUUUGUUAGUAAAUCUAUUAAUAGAUCUUCUGUAAAUAUACUAUAUAACUAAUGAGUCUUUCGUGCUGAAACAAGUGUCUCUUCGUAGAAACACUCUUUGGUGUUACCGAAUAAUCCACAUUAGUAUCUGCACAUCCUUUUUUGCUUUGAA